AUGGAUCACAGCUCCGUUGUCGGAAACUCAUUACAUGUCGGCCAGCCGGCAGCUGAGUGGAGUGGUGCUGUCAUCGUUGACACCAAUUCGCCGUCUCUUUUAACCCGCAAAAAUGAAAAUGAUACCAAAGGAUAUUUCGCUCCUAGCAAGAGUCGUUGGACCAAAGGUCUUUGCCAGGUUGUCACGCCUGCAGUGGCUGCACAGAUUAUAUCCCUGAUCAUCAACAUAGGACCGAGGACAUGGUUAUUGUUGAAGUGUUGCAGUCUAUAUGUUAUUGGAUAG